CGUCGACGUUUCCACCCGGACGUAUUUGGAAGCACAUUUAGGGCGAGUUUAUCACCGACCAACUGACAGUAUUAUUUUUCAUGACGACACAAACUUAGACAGAUCAGUCUGUCUCAGUAAAACUUCAACAUGUCCAUAUUUACACCGACUAAUCAGAUCCGGCUCACUAACGUGGCCGUGGUGAGGAUGAAGAAAGGAGGGAAGAGGUUUGAGAUCGCGUGCUACAAGAACAAAGUUAUGAGCUGGAGAACAGGAGCGGAGAAAGACCUGGAUGAGGUUUUGCAGACAAGCUCAGUCUUCAUUAAUGUGUCCAAAGGGCAGAUGGCCAAGAAGGAGGACUUGACCAAAGCUUUUGGGACAGAUGAUGUUACAGAAAUCUGCAAACAGAUCCUGGCCAAAGGAGAGCUGCAAGUGUCAGACAAAGAGAGGCAGAGUCAGCUGGAGACCAAUUUCAGAGACAUCGCGACUAUUGUGGCGGAGAAGUGUGUGAACCCAGAGACCAAGAGGCCGUACACGGUCAACCUCAUUGAACGAGCCAUGAAGGACAUCCACUACUCUGUCAAGCCCAACAAGAGCACCAAACAGCAGGCUCUUGAGGUGAUCCGGCAGCUGAAGGAGACCAUGCAGAUCCAGAGAGCUCACAUGAGGCUGAGGCUGGUGCUGCCGGCUAAGGAGGCCAAGAGGCUGAAGGAGAAGCUGAAGCCGCUCCUGCAGGUGGUGGAGAGUGAAGACUUUGAUGAGGAGCUGGAGAUGGUGUGCCUGGUGGACCCCGGUUGCUACAGGGAGAUCGACGAGCUGAUCCGCUGUGAGACGAAAGGCCGAGGUUCUCUGGAGGUUCUCAGUCUGAAGGAUGUUGAGGAGGGAGAUGAGAAACUAUAGUCACUCAAACAUUCAGGAUUCCUCACCCUGUCCACACUAACAUGCUUCACUGCAGCACACAGACUCAUUUAAAACAUAUAAUAUCUACAUGCUAAUUCCAGCUGCUCCAAAUAUCCAACACUUUGAUGUUUAAAGAAUUUAUUUUACUAUAAUUUGACAGAUUUGUAUUCUAAGAAAAAGGAGGAGCAUGUUGUUGCAAUAAUGAGAGAAUUUAAAGUGAAACCUGCAGUUUAUGGAAAGUCCUGGGAUCCAUUCUGGACUUGAACUCCACAUCCGCCUUCAAUCAGACAUGGUGCCAUGUAGUCAGGCUCAAUAUUCCAACUGAAGAGUUAAAUCCUUUUAAUCUGUAAUUUAUAUUUUUCAUAAUGACUUACUUUGCUCUGUUGCUAAUAAAUAUAUAAUGAAAUAUU